AUGAUUGACAUAAUAAAUAAAAUAGAUUCCUUCUUUAUUUUUAACUCGAAUUUUGGCCCUCGUGAAGGAGAUGAAUUGAAAAGGAUUCUAUAUUUUUAUCCUGGUCAAGUAAAUUCAGAUAUCCAAAAAACCCAAGUUGGUUUAUGUGAAGCAGUUGUUAAAUUUAUGACAACAUUCUCAUCAGCACCUUGUGAAGCAUUGCAGACUCAGUCAAAGAGAUAUAUUUUUUACCAGCCUGAAAAAAACUUUUGGAUGGUUCUAGUAAUUUGCAUACCAUAUGCAACAAAAUUACCUGGAGAUAUCAAAGAUGCUGUUGAACCAGCAAUAAUGCAUGAUUUUAUGAUAUCAUCAUAUAAAAUGUUUAGAAUGUUUAUGGGAUUUUUCAGAGAAAUUCUACCUGAAGAUACAUAUGCAAUCUGUGAAAAAUUCUUUACUCCAUAUAUCUCUAGCAGAAAUGUAACAAAUGAUCUGAGCAAUGUCAUACAGGGCAUUAACUAUUUACCUUUAGAGAAAAAUACAUUUUUUAAAGUUAUUUGUUUUAUUGAUUUACUUGAAGUAAAUUAUCCAGACUUCAAAUGUAUUUCAUUUUUGUACAAUGAUCAGCUUAUUUGGAAUGGCUUAUGCAAAGACGACAUGCUGACACUAUACCAAUAUCUAAUACAUAAUUUGCUACCCAAACAAGUGGAAAAGGAAAUUCAAGGAGGUGCUGUUACUGCAGCUGAAAGACACGGUCGUUUCAUCAGUCCCCCUGAGGGCAUACAUAGUGAGGAUGAUUUAAAAAAGAUUAUUAAAGUUUACUUAAUACGAGAAGAUGAUAAUGAAGCAAAGGCAUAUUAUCUUGUUAUUUAUAGAACACUGAGUGCUACUGUUAGCUUUACUGUAGAUGAAAAUACCAAUCUGGAUCUGUUAACAUUCAGAUCACUUGACACUUUCAUUGGUCCAAAACUUUCUACAAUUGCCUCAUCAAUAGGAGAACAAUGCACUAUGCAUGCUUUAGUAAAUGCUCAAAUCCCCCCAACCGAUCACAAAUUUUUAUAUUUUAAUAAACUCAACUUGGCUUUAAAAACAUCUAUGCCAUCAAACAGUAUAACUCCAUCGACUGCAGUCAGCCCAGAGGUUUUGAAUAUAAUUGCUGAAAUACACAAUGAUCACAGAAGCCUUGGGAAAUAUGGUGAAAUCAUUAUAAAAACUCCUGAUGAAUAUUGGAUAACAGGAAAAUCUUCAAAUGACAGAGAAUUUUAUAUAGUUAUGCAAAAAAAUGCCAACCUGAAGGAGAUAGCAGAUGAAGUUAAAAGAAUAUGUGAAAUGCAGAUGAAAGGAAUUUUCUUUUAUCCCAUGUAA